UCUUGUCAAAAUGUUGUUCCUUUUUCUUUCUCUGUCAAAGUUUACCAGCGAGCAGACACGUUGGAAUCAUGCAGAUUUUCGUGAAAACGCUCACGGGCAAGACCAUCACACUUGAGGUCGAGCCAUCGGAUACGAUCGAAAAUGUGAAGGCUAAGAUUCAGGACAAGGAAGGAAUCCCCCCGGAUCAGCAGCGUCUCAUCUUUGCCGGUAAGCAGCUGGAGGAUGGCCGCACUCUGUCGGACUAUAACAUUCAGAAGGAAUCUACCCUUCAUCUGGUGCUGCGACUUCGUGGUGGUAUCAUCGAACCAUCGCUGCGUAUUUUGGCCCAGAAGUACAACUGUGACAAGAUGAUCUGUCGCAAGUGCUAUGCCCGUCUGCAUCCGAGAGCAACGAACUGCCGUAAGAAGAAGUGUGGCCACACCAACAAUCUGCGCCCGAAGAAGAAGCUGAAGUAAGCGGUACUGUUUGUUUCCGGCUUCACUUGUUUGCUGUUUUCAUUGCGAAAAUAAUGUGACCAAGUGGAUUGAUGCGUGGAUGUUUCGUUCAUCAGUGGAGGAAUAAACAACUGAUGCAUUAAACAUAAAUCACAA